GAUUUAGAGGAUGAUUUAAAAUCUGAGCUCACCGGAAACUUUGAAAAAGUGAUCCUGGGCCUGCUGAACCCAAUAACACUGUAUGAUGUGCUGGAAUUGAAGAAAGCAAUGAAGGGAGCAGGGACAGAUGAAGGUUGUCUCAUUGAAAUCCUGGCUUCACGCUCAACAGAAGAGAUCCGAAACAUCAACAUCACUUAUAGACUGAAAUACGGCAAGUCCCUGGAGGACGACAUUUGUUCUGACACAUCUUCCAUGUUCCAGAGAGUGCUGGUAUCUCUAGCUGCUGGUGGCCGAGACCAAAGUGACAAGGUUGAUGAUUCACUUGCUAAGCAGGACGCAAAGGACCUGUAUGAAGCUGGUGAGAAGAAAUGGGGGACAGAUGAAGUCAAGUUUCUGACUAUUCUUUGUACUAGGAAUAAGAAACAUUUACGUAAAGUGUUUGAUGAAUAUAAGAAGAUUGCAAAGAAGGACAUUGAGGCCAGUAUCAAGUCUGAGAUGUCUGGACACUUUGAAGAUGCUCUCCUGGCUAUUGUAAAAUGCACCAGAAGCAAACCCGCUUACUUUGCUGAGAGAUUAUAUAAAUCCAUGAAGGGUCUGGGCACUGAUGACAACACACUGAUCAGAGUGAUGGUCUCCCGCUGUGAAAUCGACAUGUUGGAAAUCCGCUCAGAGUUUAAGAAGUUGUAUGGAAAGUCCCUGUUCUCUUUUAUCAAGGGGGACUGUUCUGGAGAUUACAGGAAGGCUCUCCUGAAACUGUGUGGAGGAGAAGAUUGAAUAAAUCUGUUCCCAAAAAAUCCUCUUUCAAGGCUAAGAGAUCUCAUCAGAUCAUCUCAUGUGCUUAUCGUGUAUUGCUAGCAGUAAAAAAUAUUGUUUCUUUUUUAUGAUUGUAUCACCUCUGUCAUUUAAUUACAUAUAAAUUUUUACAUCCACUACUGAUCUAA